CUGGAGCUGGUGGGGGUUGGUGUCGUCUGGUCUAUGCUCCAGGCUCUUCUGAGCGCUGUGGCUCUGCCGGGAGUCGCCUGCGUUCGUUAACCGUUAAUCUCCGGACUGGAUUCCGCCCAGUCACAGCGAGGCCCUUCGAGCUUGUUCACCUUACAGUCUGGGCCCACCCAGGACCUGCCGCCUGUGUGGGGCAGGCGGGGCGUUUUUAACUAGCUUUCCUGGCCUCUAUGCGUACUAAAUCUGCUCCGCGGUUUCUGCAGCCCAGGCCGUGGUAGAUACUCGUCUCCUGAAGUCUGUAGGCGCAACAGUCCAGAACCUCUGGACAGCCACGUGUAGCCUGUGCCCGGGGUUCCUGAGCACCUCUCCGUAUAACUACUGUAGAAGGUCUUUACUAAGGUGUUAAAUACACUUUCAAGUCGUGCGUUAAUUUGUCAGAACUGGAAGGGCCUUAGAGAUGACAGCUCACAUGGUUAGAGCGUUUCCCAUGGUCCGGUCCUGCUCUACAAUACUUGAUUUGUAUUCCAGAGCAGCUACAUGACUUUAUUAAAUGAUUAAACGCUUUAAACAUCCGUUGAUGCUACUCUUGUGACAUUAGCUUUCCUAAAGUAAAAAAAAAAUCAGAACCAUGUUUGGUGAUAAACGUACAUCUAUGUAUAUAUACGUACACAGAUAUCUUUAUUUUGCUAAAAGGCUUUGUACCUUUAAGUUUACUUGCAGGCCACGAGUUUUUAUAAACCAUGGAUGCUGCUUAGAUGAAAUGUUAAGAUGUAUACACUGUGUUCACUGAAUAUAGACUCAGAAGAUGUAGGUUUGAAUCCUGACUGCUACUUUUGUUAAAGGGGAUCCUUUACCCUUAGUUUCCUAAUCUGCAAGAUAGGUAUACUACUUACCCCUUGGCGAUAGUGAACUCCUGUAUGCAAACAGUCCAAGUGGGUGGCCACUCACUGAAGGAUAACUAGUUUUAUCUAUAAUAUUCUGCCAUCCAAAGAGAUGCAAAACUAAUAUCUAAGGCUGGUCUUCUCUGAACCUAAAAACAAGGGUGUCACCCUGGAGCCAUGCAUUCUGAUAAUGUGUAGGUCAAGGCUCCAGACUUAGUAAAAGCACCUUUGUCAGAGAUCAAGAGGAAUAACAAUGCGAAGUUUUUAAAGAAGCUGAACAAAAUUCUCAGUCCAUUCAUGAUCUUUCUGCAGAGGCACGUUUUCUGAGGAUAGAAAGUGCCAUUUUAUCCUGUUUCUUGGUUUUUGGAUCAUCUGUUACAUAAAUGUAAACAUGGAUCUUGAUGGCUCUGAACAAGAUCCUGAAGUGAAGGAAUAUUCUCCUGUCUGUGUUGGCAGAGAAGAUGACAUUAAAAAAUCUAAAAGAAUGACAGCUGUUGUCCAUGAUAGAGAAGUGGUCAUUUUCUACCACAAAGGAGAAUAUCAUGCGAUGGAUAUUCGCUGUUACCACUCAGGAGGGCCUUUACAUUUGGGAGAAAUAGAGGAGUUUGACGGACGACCAUGCAUAGUUUGCCCCUGGCAUAAAUACAAAAUUACUUUGGCAACAGGAGAAGGACUAUACCAGUCUAUAAACCCUAGAGAUCCAUCAGCAAAACCUGAGUGGUGUUCCAAAGGAGUAAAGCAAAGGAUUCAUACAGUGACAGUGGACAAUGGGAACAUUUACGUGACUCUUUCUAAAGAACCUUUUAAGUGUGACUCUGAUUUUUAUGCCACUGGAGACUUCAAAGUAAUUCAGAGUUCUUUCUGAUAAAAUUAUAUGGCAAUGAAAAAUGGUGUGUGUGUUUGGAAAAUAUUUUUAGAAUAACUUUGCUUCAAUACCAAAGAGGAUUAAUUUUCCCAAAACAGGCACAUUUAUUACUUACUUUAAAAAAAUCACAUACAUCUGAGCAGUUCAAAGUGAUGUAAGGAUUAUUGUUAAGAUCUAUAGAAUACAUUUCACCCAAUCCUCUGGACUGAUUGGAACCUGAAGGUUAUAAGUUUGGAAUGUGCAUUUUCAGGGUGAAAAUAAUUUGCAGUAACCACAUUGAAAAAAGGUAAAAAUGAGAUCUAAUAAGAACCAUUGGGGAGGGGGUUAAUCCUUAUUUUGAUGUAGUAGACUUUAUCAUGGAAAAGUUUUAAUAUAUACAAACUAAACAAAAUAGUGUAACAAACUCUCAUCACCUAGCUUCAACAAUUACCAGCAUUCUUCCAUUCUUAUUUCCAUUCUUAUUUCACUGAUACCUCCACACACUCUCCAUCUCCCCUAUUUAUUAUUCUUACUUUUUAAAAGUAAAAUUUAAAUACACUGAAAUACUUAAAUCUCAACUAUUCAAUAUUUCUAAAUACAUAGCAGACUUUUUAUACUUGAAAAAUGUCUCCAAAAUGGGGUUGAUUUACAUGCUUCAUUUAAAAAUAAGAAACUUAUUCAACACUUACUACAUACAACACCUGGUGCUCGUCACAAGUGCACUCCUUAAUCCUCAUGUACUGCGCAUUGAAACCACAUAAAUCUUGGCUCAGUUUCUCUCUGGUCAAGGCAGACACUCCUAAAGUAAGGAAGAUACACACAGCUGCUUCCCAGACAUGAAGGACGUGAAGUCUCUUACUCAGUGAGCCAAAGUACUGGGAGUGCCUAGAUGAAAUUGUCAAAUAAAGGUGUUCUUUCUUUUUUCAGAAUUUCGUGAUGUGUGUAGAACUAAGCAUUCUGUGUAAAUGUUACAGAGAAGAGAUAUAGGAUGUUCUUCCUCGGAG